CGCGAACAUGGUUACGCCCAUAAAUAAAAUUUCAGAUAUUCCAAAUAAAAAUUGUAAUAACUUGGAAGGAAAUGAAACGAAUAAUGGUGAGGAUAUCUCAGAAAAGUGUCAAAAGUGGUUAGAUACAUGUACAAUUAGUGAUAGUUGUUCCGUGUACUCAGAUUCAAAUAAUUCUGUAUUAACAGAAUCAACAAGCAGUGCCAUUGAUUCAGGCUUAGUGUUUCAUAACAGUAUAGUGGCAAUUAAUAACGAUGGAUACAAAUCUGUUAUUAUACAAGAUAAUAAAGUUGAUCCCAAAUAUGACAACGUCAAUAUUUACAAAUCAAAGAAAGUCCACGUGGGCGACGUUACUUACAUCAACGGACCGGUGAUAAUAACUAAUAGUAGUUCCGCGUAUAAAGAUAAAAAAAUUUCAGUUCCCUAUAACGAACCAUAUAAAGGCACUUUCAUAGUAGAUAGGACCAAUUGGUUGGCCCAGCCAGCGCUAGGGGAAAAAGAAUACCUGAAGGAGCCAGUUCCAUAUGUGAUAAUAGCACAUACGGCAACUGAAGAAGGGUUCAGUCAAGCUGAGAACACUUUAUUAAUCCGACUGAUUCAAAGUUUCCAUAUAGAAAGCAGGAAAUGGAAAGACACGAGUUAUAAUUUUCUUAUAGGUUCCGACGGUUUAGCCUACGAAGGUAGAGGCUGGGGAGUUAUCGGAGCUCACACCAGAGGUUACAAUUGCAAAUCUAUAGGUAUAGCUUUUGUAGGAUGUUUCAUAGAUCACUUACCUCCAAAGGCUGCUUUGAAAAAAGCACAAGAGCUCAUUGAAACCGGGGUAAAAAAAGGAUCCAUAGCUUCGGAUUACAAAUUACUAGCUCAUUGCCAAUGUUCACCAACAAUGAGCCCUGGAACCAAAUUGUAUGAAGAAAUAAAGACUUGGGAUCAUUGGGACGCGUCUGUUACCGUUCACAAGUCAAAUAUUGAUUGUGUAGUUGAAGAAGUUUCCGAUUACGAUUUAAAAAAUUGAAACGAUACUUCAUUUCACAAAUUUGUAGUUUAACAAUAAUAAAAUAACAUAUUUAUCUUGAAACUGUAUUUGAUAAAAAUGAUUUUCAAUAUAUUUCCAUGAAAUA